AUGACUCCAGAUCCAGAGGGUCUGCUGAUGAUGGGUGUGUUGUUCUGCUGCGGCGCCGGCUUCUUCAUCCGUAGAAGGAUGUACCCGUCCCCCCUGAGAGAAGAACCGGCCUUCAACGUGUCCUUCACCAGACACCCCGUCACCUCCCCAGUUUCGCAGCAGCCUGGCAGUAUGGUGGGCUUUGGGGUCAAUGGGAUGACCGGGGACCCGGGGGUUCCCAUGAUCCACCCCGCCUACCCGGCCCAGCCUGGCUCCGCCCACAUGAUGAUGAGCUCCUACCCUCCGCCUCCGUCCUACUGCAACCACCCACCCACCGCCCUACGAACAAAUAUUCCACAACAGCGACAAGAAGUAACGUCCACCACGGAAAGGACGAACGGACCUGGACUUUAUGGACCAAGGAUGAUAAACAUGGUGUUGAGUGAAAAAGAACCACAGAGGCAGAACCACAGAGGCAGAACCCCAGCAGAACCACAGAGGCAGAACCACAGCAGAACCACAGAGGCAGAACCAUGGAAGAUCGGCAAUAGCCCCAGUGGUCAAGAAGGACUGGGAUUAGCCCAGGACCAGACAGAUUCUGGACUGGGAUUAGCCCAGACCAGAGAGAUUCUGGACUGGAUCUGCCCAGGACCAGAGAGAUUCUGGACUGGAUCUGCCCAGGAACAGAGAUUCUGGACUGGGAUUAGCCCAGGACCAGAGAGAUUCUGGACUGGAUCUGCCCGGGACCAGACAGAUUCUGGACUGGAUCUGCCCGGGACCAGAGAGAUUCUGGACUGGAUCUGCCCGGGACCAGAGAGAUUCUGGACUGGAUCUGCCCGGACCAGAGAGAUUCUGGACUGGGAUUAG